AUGCUAGAUAAACUCAGGCUCUCUUUGUUUGAAAAUAUCGUCAAUGGAUCCAAAAUUGCUAAUGAAGAGGAAUUGAAUGCGGCUUUGGAGGUAGGAGGAGCAUUUAGCUGCGAACCGGAGGAGUUAUGUUACUACACAAAAGAUGAGACUGAGUUAAACUUUGCCAAUCACAGUGGUCUUGAUGAGCUUAAAAUACCAUUCGCAUCCAAAAACAAAAAGAAAAAGCAAAAGAGGAAAGAAGGAGGAGAAAAAGAUAGACCGAUUAUAGGCACCUGCCUCACAGAGGGGUUCGAUGAUUUUGUAUCUCCUAACUUGAAUGAUGUGUACCUGUUGAAUGACUUAUUCAGGUCAUUGCAGUAUUUGAUUGAAAGCGGCAAGUUGUCUCGAGACAAGCUCAAGGUUCUCACUAUGAGGCGACAUUUGAUGAAGUUGAUGUGCGUUCCAUUUAACAAACAACAGGUGAAUUUCAAUGUCAUUUAUUGGCGAGGGUUAAUUAUAUUUGCCUACGAUUGGGGGGAAGAGAUGAAGUUAGUCCUGGACAGCUACCAAAGGAUGUACCAAUAUAGUGGUUACGAGUUUGAGAAGGUAGUAACUGAAACAAUGCGAGACUCAAAAUCCCGUUUUUACACAGUUGUCCAGCAUUCAGUUGGAGAUAACCCUGUUUGUUAUUCAGCUGAAAUAGAUUGUGCAAUCUCAAAAGAACCAGGUUUAGCUAACUAUGUCGAGUUGAAGACGCACUCGAAGCUUUUGGACGACAAGUUCAAAACUGCAAACAAACUUCAAAGAAAAUUGAUGACAUUGUACUGUCAAAACAAGUUCAUUUCAUGCAAUUACUCACUAAUUGGUUUUCGAUCAAUGGAUUUCAAGCUAGCGUCAAUUAAGAAAUAUACCGAAUGUGAGCUAAUCGGUAGAUUGAACGCUUUGCCUAUAUUUCUCACACACGGGUGUAGUAUAAAAACAAAACACAUGUUCCAGUGGUACAAUCUUGUGAUUUGUUGGUUGUGUCAGAAACAGUUUGAUGAUGACCGUCGGCACGUUUUCAAACUAUCAUUUGAGAGGGAGCCCGAGUUAAUGGACUCCCAUUUGAAUAUGAAGGCCGUCACUGGUGCAGAAGAAUUGCAAAUAUUCAACAAGCUUGUACCUGAAUGGUUUCAAAACUUUUAUUAA